GAAUCAUCUACUCUCAAAUUUACUUAAGAUAAGGGUGCAAAUGAUAUGAUUAUAAUGAUUAAUAAUGCCACCACUUCACUCUUUCACCUGCCCUAGUCCUCAAUCGAGGACAGCUUGGUCACUCCCGAGCACAAUUCUAUCACUCCAUGUCCGAGAGAAUGAGGAAAGGCUUCGCCACAGCCUCACACCCCCCACACCUGCCAAGACGUCCUCCAGCCGCGGGAGCCCGCGGAAUCCAGAGGCCGGGAACGAGCGACAGGCACGUCAUGUUGCCCAAGGACAUAGCCAAGCUGGUCCCUAAAACCCAUUUGAUGUCUGAAUCUGAGUGGCGGAAUCUCGGCGUUCAGCAGAGUCAGGGAUGGGUCCAUUAUAUGAUCCACGAACCAGAACCUCACAUCUUGUUGUUCCGGCGACCGCUGCCCAAGAAGCCAAAGAAAUGAAGCCGGCAGCCACCUUUCGGCCUCAGGCUUCGCACAGCUGUCCUCACGUGCUAACGACAUCUUCGGAUGACAUUAUUCCACUGCCUUCUUGCUUCCCACUUUGAUAUUGAAAGGAUGUUCAGACUGUUUGACUGUGCUGGUGACCGCUUCGCCUGAGCCAACAGCAGCACGGCCCAGCCGGCUGAGCGCCGUUCGGGCCGCAGCCUCGGCCGAGUGUGACCCCAGAAGCCCUGCCGAGCUCUGUAUCCUGCAGAACACACUUGGUAGAGGGAGGAAGCGGCUCCUCUAAGCAUAAGGCCGUGGCCGUUGCAGGGAUUGCGUAAACUUGCCGUUUUGUUUCUUCCUGCCAGGUGUUGUAUGUUGUGUGGUGGUUCAUGUUUCAUUGUACUGGAAACUGUCCGUUUUAUUCAAGAAACCUGUUCCGUGUUAAAAAACCUUGAUUAAAGAGGAAGUUUUUACGAUCUGA